GGCAUGGCGCAGGCGGAGGGCCGGCGGCGCGGCGGGUCUGUGGUUGCCUAUUUUACGUCUGCGAAGUUUCUUCUUUAUCUUGGACAUGCACUGUCCACUUGGGGAGAUCGUAUGUGGCAUUUUGCUGUGUCUGUAUUCCUGGUUGAGCUUUAUGGAAACAGCUUACUCCUGACUGCAGUCUAUGGCCUGGUUGUGGCAGGAUCUGUUCUUCUCCUGGGCGCCCUUAUUGGAGACUGGGUGGACAAGAACUCCAGGCUCAAAGUGGCCCAGACAUCCUUGAUUGUGCAGAAUUCAUCUGUCAUCCUGUGCGGUGUUAUCCUGAUGAUUAUCUUCUUGUUUAAGACACAGCUCUUGACAUUAUACCACGGAUGGCUUCUUACAUUGUGCUAUAUCCUGGUUAUCACAAUAGCAAAUAUUGCCAAUUUGGCCAGCACUGCCACAGCGAUCACAAUUCAGAGGGACUGGAUUGUUGUGGUUGCAGGGGAAGACAGAAGCAAACUGGCAGAUAUGAAUGCCACAAUAAGAAGAAUUGAUCAGCUGACCAAUAUCUUGGCCCCAAUGGCUGUUGGUCAGAUAAUGACAUUUGGCUCCCCGAUGAUUGGCUGUGGAUUCAUUUCUGGCUGGAACCUGAUGUCAAUGUGUGUGGAAUAUCUGCUGCUCUGGAAGGUUUAUCAGAAAACCCCUACUCUGGCUCGCAAAUCUGCAAAAGUUGAAGCAUCGGAACUGAAACAGCUGAAUGUAAAGAAAGAGGGUGACACAAAACCUGCUGAAGGAGUGCAGUUAAUUAUUGAGAAAGAUGUAGCUGGCUUUGAGCCCCAACAGGAGAAGGAAGUCGGCUGCGCAGCCCGGAUGGCCGAACCUUUCGUAACGUUCCGGGACGGAUGGGUUGCGUACUACAACCAGCCGGUGUUCCUUGCAGGCAUGGGCCUUGCAUUUCUCUACAUGACUGUUCUGGGAUUCGACUGUAUCACUACAGGCUAUGCAUACACUCAGGGGCUGAGUGGCUCUGUGCUGAGCCUCCUCAUGGGUGCCUCGGCCGUCACUGGAAUCAUGGGAACAGUUGCUUUCACUUGGCUCCGGCGCAAGUGUGGCCUCGUCCGCACGGGCCUGAUUUCUGGAGUUGCUCAGUUGGCUUGUCUGAUCUUAUGUGUCAUCUCUGUAUUUAUGCCUGGAAGUCCUAUGGAUUUGACUGUUUCCCCAUUUGCUGACAUCAGUGCCAGGCUGUUUGAGAAUGAACCAUUGCCUACUAUAGCAUCUCCAGACCCUGAAAUGAUUUUUGCAACUGGAAUGCCCAACGUGUUAAACGGGUCUAUUGCUCCUGCUGACAGUGACCCAGAGAUGAGUCCUGAGCCCGUGCCUUUAAUCUCUGUUAGUCUCCUGUUUGCAGGAGUCAUUGCUGCUAGAGUUGGCCUUUGGUCCUUUGAUUUGACUGUCACACAGUUACUCCAAGAAAACGUCGUAGAAUCUGAAAGAGGCAUCAUAAACGGUGUCCAAAACUCCAUGAAUUAUCUUCUUGACUUGCUGCACUUCAUCAUGGUCAUCCUGGCCCCAAACCCUGAAGCUUUUGGCUUAUUGGUGCUUAUUUCUGUGUCUUUUGUUGCAAUGGGCCACAUAAUGUACUUCAGAUUUGCCCAAAAAAGCUUGGGAAAACAACUUUUUGUUUGUCACACUCCUGAUCCCAAAGCAGCCCCUGACAGUUCACCACCUGGUAAUACAUCUACUGUCUGAAAGGAUACACUUCUCUUACUAACUUUGCUUCACAAAUACUAUGGUUAAG